AUGACAGUUACGAUAAUUCAUAGUGAAAAUCGAUAUGAACUUUUCGAUGUUUAUAAUCCAAGUUAUAGGCACGAAGGUAAGUUGAACGUGACUCGCAUGGGCGAGUGGUAUUUUGAAACAGGCUUGAACAUGUUUUCUACUCAAUACAAAUAUGAACGAAGAAGAGAUUUGCAAGGGAUACGUUUAAAUUUUUCAGUAGUUGCUCAUCAUCUCCCAGAAAACAUGGAGUUUGAAACAUACCUCACAACGCCAGUGAAUGUACACCUUGAUACUAUGCAUCGUUUCCACUACUCAUAUAUACUUUUGCUGAGAGAUUAUUAUAAUUUUUCAAUAAGUUUAACUCGAAGCUCAAGUUGGGGUUUUUUGAAAAACGGUACUUACGAUGGGAUUAUCGGAGAUAUGACAAAAGGCAUUGUUGAUAUCAGUGGAACUCCAUUGCGAAUAACGACCGCUAGAAUGGAUGUUGUUGAUUUUACCGUACAAAACGUCGUAGCUUGGCCGAAAUUUUUUCUCAGACAUCCUAAAAAAAAUCUGCUAACUAAUCAAUUUUUCAAGCCUUUUACGCGUGAAGUCUGGAUUUUGACGACCAUAAUGAUAAUCAUCAAUUGGCUGCUUCUUUAUUUUGCGAUUAAAGUAGAACAUCGUUAUCGAAAAUCUACGUUUUAUAGUAUUUCAGAGACUAAUACAGCUACAGAGAUUGCACUAAUAACUACUGCUGCUGUGUGUCAGCAAGGUUUAGGCGCAACGCCAAAUCUAAGCUCUGGUCGCAUUGUAUUUACGUCCGUUUUUCUCUGGGCACUUGUACUUUACCAGUUUUAUUCAGCUAGUAUCGUCGGUUCCCUUUUGGCUGCUCCUUCGAGAUUUAUUACCACUCCAGAAGCUUUACUCGAGAGUUCAAUUGAAAUAGGAGUUGAAGAUAUUCCAUACAAUUAUGAUUUUUACCCUAAUAGUACAGAUCCAGUGAUAUCAGGUUUUUAUAACAAAAUAUUAAAGGCAAAUGAGCGUCGCAAGAAGCCAAAUUUUUUAACCGCUGAAGAAGGUAUGAAACUAGUUCAGAGAGGAGGAUUUGCAUUUCAAAUUGAUGAUUUAUCUGGUUACAGGAUGAUUGAAGAUUCUUACCAAACAGAUGAAAUAUGUGAUCUUCAAGAAAUUUAUUUAUUUCCAAGAGUGCAUGCAGCAACCGGUGUAGCAAAACACUCUCCAUUCAAAAAAUUAGUAACCUAUGGAUUGAGACACAUUUUGGAAAGAGGAGUAUCGAAUCGAAUCACCAAUGUUUGGAAACACAGGCGUCCACGUUGCCCAGAGAGUCAUAGUUCACUUCCAACGCCUGUGGCUAUUUACGAAUUCAGUCCUGCACUGUUUGCUUUUGUCUCGGGUGUUAUAAUUGCUCUACUCAUAGCUGUUUUCGAAAAUUUGAUUCGUUAUUCGUCACGACAGUUUUUGUUCAAAACAAAUCGAAAAAUAAUAGAAAUUUUUCGGGUUUCUUGA